CGAGACUUCGCGAGGAACGUGGUCUCGCGGAUACCAACCUACUAGCUUGAUGAGGAGGUUGUGUGACAAGUGUUUGUUAAUAGAUUUCAUUAUAGUUCGUGGGUGCCAACUGUCAACAGUUUCUGUGGACACGCUUUCGUUGCUUCUAUUGCAUUUAAGCGGUUUACUCGAGCACUAUCUUAAAAAUGCUACGUUGCUACGAUGGCGGCUGGAGCUUAUGUCGCUACUUUGCCUGGUAGCAUCUCAUGGCACUUCAUAGGUGCCAGGGCGGAAGAGUGACCGAGCCCCCGCUGCAACCGGACGCCAGCCGUCAGGUAAUCAUUCACGUUAAAAAAUCCCCAUCGAGGCGCAGGACAAUGGAGUCGGUGAGGAGCGCUUUCCACGCUCAACUGGCCACCGUCAUGGACUCACUGCUGGCAGCCGCCGUGUGCGAGAUCGCCAAGAUCUUUGAAAGCAGCCUGUGCGAGCAGCAGGCGGAGCUGGCGCAGAAGACCGAGGAGAUCUCCAUCCUCCGAAGCAGGCUGGAGAAAGCUGAGAGGAGACCGAAGGUGAAGAGUGGCAGCGAGGAGGGGGAGAUGACACCGGGAGACGGAAAGGGCACCAUGGGGCAGCAGACCCUGACAGGAUCAGAGAAUUUGGAAAAGGGAGUGUUGUCUCCUCCUGACCCACCAGAAGGAGUGAAUCAGAGCCUCAGCCGGCUCAAAGAGGAAGUCACGGUCCAUGACGGAGAUUCAGUUAAACAUGAGCGUGCUGGUUCACGACCAAGCCUUGGGUCUGUCGGUAUUCAAGCCACAGAGGGAAGCCUUGCUGUUGGAGACCAGAGGCCCAUAGAUACCCUGGCUCCCACACAAGCCAAGACCAAAUUAUCUCUUUGGGAUCAGGGUAGUCGCAGUGCAGACCACAGAGCUCUCCAGGAUCAAGCCUCCACUCCUUUCCUUUCCAUCUCCCAGAGUGGACGCUGCUCCCCCAGGACUGACCCAAACCUGGCUCCACCGGGGGAGUGGCUCGCAGGUUUGGACACGACACGAGGAGGGGUUUCCGGUCUGGAGAACCUGCAAGCGGAUGGCACCAGCUGCUCCGGUCCAGCUACCAGCAACACUGGCACAGAUGCGCAGUGUUUCCGGCCUAGUUUUGCCUGUGAUGAGACAAGUAAUGAAGAUGACGAUAGUUGUUUCCCUUUCAUUGACCAAGAGCCCGAGAACCAGAACUCCGAUCACAACUCGGGCCAGGGCCAGGGCGCAGGGCAAAGGGUCACUCGCCAGGAUCAAGCCCAAGUUCCUGUGAGCGGAUCACCUUGGAGACCUAGAGACGACAGAGCUGAGAGAGGUCUCAUUAAUCACACACGGCGAGCUACAGCCUUUGGCGGUCGAGACCCUCUCCGACCACAGUCCAAUUCCCAGUCCCACACACCAAGACACACAAGCAGCAUCAGCCUCCCUCCAGCUUCUGGUGGAGGGAAUGGACGCCCUUACACGUGCCCUUACUGCACCAAGUGUUUCACCUACCCUUCCCACCAGCGCAGACACCUUUUACGCCACACAGGUGUCAGACUGCAUCCCUGUCAGUUCUGUGACAAGAGCUUCCUCACCCCGUCUGAGCUUACUGUCCACACGCGCACGCAUACAGGGGAGCGGCCUUUCGGCUGUGCGCAGUGCGGUAAACGUUUCGCCCGAAGCGGAAACUUAAGAGCCCACCAGCGAGACGUCCACAUGGGGAAGAGGCCCUUUGCCUGCGCCGAGUGUGGGAAGAGGUUUGCCCACAGGGGGAACCUGAGGGUACACAAUCACAGAGUGCACCAGGGAGAUCCCUACUACAUGGAUGAUCAGCAGGAGCCUGACAUCGGCACAAAUACCAUUUAAAAUGUAUUCAAUGUAUUUUUUUUUUGCCUAAAUGCCAGAAUGAUGGGUUGCACUUUUAGGAAUAUUAGGUGUUGUAUGAAAACCAUUCUCCAGGACAAAAGUGAUGUUUUCACAUAUCCGAACUACAAUAUUCACGUGUGUCAAGCUAAUAAAAAAGUCCUGGUGGCAUUAGUUUUAGGCGAGUGGCAUGCAGCAGUUGGUAGCAUGUGACUUCCGUCAUCAUUUUGCUCUAGUUCUGCCCGGCUCCUGCAACGUGACAUGAAUGUGCUGUUAAAGAAGAACUGUGCUUCUGUUUUCCAUUUUGUGUUUGCUGAAUUAAAUGCUGUGCUUAAGUGCAAACUACUCUGUCCUCGGCAUGAAACGUCAGUGUGUUGUGACGCGUACUUAUUACUAGUAUCAUUGCACCAUUCUCUCCCAGACACAUGGGGGCAGUGUCAACAUGCAAGAGGUUUAUGGAAAAUAUAUCUGAGCAAAAGAGACUGUUGAUAAAAAUGGUACAAAUCUCUCUUUUGGCCAUUUGUGCUAUGUCCUUGUAAUUGUUUACGCUUUUUAAAUUGUCCAUGAAACCUCUCUUUGAUAAUGUUGGACGCAUAAAGGCCAAAUCUAUCAGUCUUUUAAAGUAGGUUGAAGCUAAUAUGAGGUCUGAGUUAGUAAUUUUCAUCAUGACAUUUCCUCUUUUCAUUUUUGGUAUUUUACAGUCACUCUUAACAUCAGCUGUGGAACAAGGUGUAGGUUAUGCGGAGGUUGAGUAGAUGUUUGACCCCAUCUGUCCCUCGCACAAAGUUUAAGCUGCUGAGUGAAGCCUAUUCAAGCUGCAUGCAUGUGCCUCUCAGGCUGCUGAGUCUUUGAUUUGCUCGCUGCAUGGUUGCAUUCACUGACCUCCUCUAGUGACCUCCCUUCCCCUAAAUGUCACCUAUGUCCCUCCCUUAGUUUUCAGGUGAGAUAGUAGGAUGAAAACAAGUCCAAUCCACUUUUCGCUUAUACAGUUUUAUAUUUAUGGAUUUAUGAGUCAGGUCACAGCAAUCUGAGUGUGCGACUGAACUACCAUUAAUACGAGAGGAUUGAAUCCCCACUGAGCAAAGCCUCAAUCUCUCUCAGACCUUUUAGGUUCAUCUACUGUGUAAGUACUGUAUUUAUGUGUGGUUGAAAGUGUCAGGUCAAAGAAAAACCGUAAUCUAUACACAGAUUUGGGUCUCAAAAUAGGUAAGCGUGUGUGUAUGUGUGUAUGUUUCAUAAUCAGGGUCACAGAGGCUUUGCCGUGUUUUCUGAUUUUAUCUUUGGUCAUGUGUAAUCUCCCUCUAAACUAAGCAGCUUUUCCACAGGGGGGAAAGGCAACAAAUGAACAGCUGACCAGUCUGGAAGGGC